AUGGAGGAAGCGGACGCGUUUAUCAGAGAGGCUUGCGGACAUCUCGGAUGUUCAUUCGCCGACGAUGAUGAUUUCGAGUUCAGCACACCUCAGAUUUUUGAGUUUCUAGUCAGAUGUAUUUGGAAAAUUGAUAGCAGCAGUAAAAAAGAAAUUCCAUCAUAUUCAUAUCCCAAUAUCAUAACCGCUCGACUUCAUCUUGGAAAUGCUAUCUCCAACUAUUUGCAAAAACUUCGCAUACGCGGGGACACCGCCCUUCACACAGUCCUCUAUGGCAAUAUCAACAAUUUACGCAGCGCAUUCAUUGAGCUGAUAAGAAAGUUGCCUGCCGACGCAAUUGAAACUGCAUAUCAAAAUCAAGGUCAUCAGUUUCUUCUGACUGCAAUUGAAACUUUGGAAUCGCAGCCGAGAUGGGUCCCUGCCUAUUGUCGUGGAUUGAUAAAAACAGAAGAAUGGAUUGUUCCAGAUAACGAACCGGAAGUGUUCACACUUGAUCAGUUCGACAAGCCAUCGAUGUAUUUCAAUUCACGCCAAUGGAUUUCUCAAUAUAUCAACUCAAGUUGUGUAGACCAGAAGCCCGCACCUCGGCGCCCAAAGCCUGCACUCCCACCAAAACCAGUUUUUGUCGAAGGACAGACAUUAUCUGAAGGAGAUCAGGUUGAAGAACCAGAACAAGUCCCUGAUGAAGUUGAUGAAAAUGCACUUUUACAAGAAACGUACGAUAAGAAAUUGGAAGAAUAUAAAAAGUUGCGUGCAAAGCGUCUUGAAGUGGAAAAACAAUGUCAAGAGUUGCAAAGUAAAUUGACGGAAUAUAGUCCUGAACUCAUCGAGGCACUUCAAAAUCCAGAGGACUAUGUUAAAAAACUAACGGUGAAGAUUGCCGAGUUGAAUCAGCAGAUGGAGGAAGACACUUUGACUCUGGAGAAAAGAAGUGAGGAGGCCGUUCUGAGAAAGUUGGAGUUGGCGAAGGAGAUGAAGAAAUCGGGUACGAAUGAUGAAGAAAUGCGGACAGUGGAAGAGAUGGAGUUGGCUUUGGUCGGGAUGGAUGACCGGAUUGAAGAAAAUCGUUUGCUGGCUGACAAGUUGAGAAAGAAACUGGCAAGAACAGAUGAGAGUAAUGUUAAGAAGUUGUAUGAGUAUGAGAAAAGAAGCAAAGAUUUGGAUGAGAUGGUACGAAAACAAGAAGAAGAUAUGAUGAAGAUGCAGGAAGAACGAACAACUCUUCGUGCCCAAGAAGAACGGGACAGUGAAGCUGUCAAUAGAUCCUUUGCUAUCAUUUACAAUAUUCUUCUUCAGCAUUGUGAUCACUAUCGUGGACGUUUGGCAAUGGAAUCAUUCACCAGAAUCCACUUGUACUGCAUGGAAAUAUUGGAGAUGUUGCGAGACAAUGGUGCUCUGAAACAAACUGUCAUGUUGCUCCAAUCGGAGAUUGAUGUGGAAGAACAGAAGCAAUACGAUAAACAGUUCAAGCUGUUAACUCAAGACUUCCGUGAGAUUAGCGAUUUGAACGAUCAACUAUUCUCUCAAAUCAAACUGCAAAAUCCUGAUUUCCAACUGCCUGCUCAAUAA